UGUUUUAUUAAUAAAGACAAUUAAUUUCAAUAAUAUAAAAUUUCUUUAAAAUCUGGCAAAAAACAAGGGCCGUAAUACUUUCUAGAAAUCUCGUGUUGCCAGAAAAUUCUCACCAUGGCGGAUGCACUCAAGAAGGCAAUUGAAGAAAAAGAAAAAGGAAAUGCAGCUUAUAAACAGAAAAAUUUUGAUCUGGCACUUCAACACUAUGAGGCUGCAAUACAACUUGAUCCGACUAACAUAACACUACAUACUAACAAAGGAGCUGUUUACUUUGAACAAGGCAAAUAUGAUGAGUGUAUACAAGUAUGUGAAGAAGCAGUUAAUAUAGGGAGAGAAAACAGGGCAGAUUUCAAAUUAAUUGCAAAGGCUUUGUCAAGAAUAGCUACUGCCUAUUUGAAAAAGAAUGAACUUGAAGCAGCCUUGAAUUAUUAUAAUAAAAGUUUGACAGAACAUAGGCAGCCUGAUAUUGUUAAGAAAGCUCAAGAGGUGCAACAAAAAAUCAAAGAGAGAGAUCGUCUUGCUUACAUAAAUCCUGAGUUGUCCUUGUUUGAAAAGGAGAAGGGGAAUGAAGCAUUCAAAGAAGGCAAAUAUCCUUUAGCUGUCCAACAUUAUACAGAGGCAAUCAAACGUAAUCCAGAGGAUGCCAAGCUCUAUAGUAACAGAGCAGCCUGUUAUACAAAGUUAAUGGAGUUUCCUAUGGCAUUAAAGGAUAGUGAGGAAUGUAUUAGACUGGAUCCCAAGUUUAUUAAAGGUUAUCUUCGAAAAGGAGCAGUAUUGUUAGCUAUGAAAGAACCAACCAAGGCCACAUUUGCAUAUCAAAAGGCAUUAGAUCUGGAUCCUAACAAUGCAGAGGCUUUAGAUGGCUACAGAAAAGCACUAAUGGCAGAAAGUGAAGACCCAGAGGCUGUGAAGCAGAAAGCUAUGUCUAAUCCUGAAGUGCAGCAAAUUCUCAGUGACCCAGCAAUGCAGAUGAUUCUUGCUCAGAUGUCUAAAGAUCCCAAGGCUGCCAGAGAACAUUUAAAAAAUCCAGAUGUUGCAGCAAAGAUUGAGAAACUGAUGGAAUGUGGCAUAGUGUCACUACGCUGAGAACCCUAGACUUAACUUGCUACUUGAAAAUUCUCUUACUUCCCUUCAGCUUUAACAUUGACAGCCCAUCAAGUGAGACCAGAGCUACCAUGCAAACAUUAGGCAAUCAUGUCCUACUUGAUGUUUGCAACAGUGAUGUGGUCAAUCGUUUUAGUUGUUACUUGAUCAUUAUUUGGUUAUAUUGUUUUGUUUUCUUUUUUAAAGAUUUUUUUUUUAAGAAUGAUUUUUUUUUUUGAUAGCAUUAUUUACUUGUAUUUAGUGAUGUCAGCUAUUAUUGUCAAUAUUUGAUCUGUUGAGUGAUAGGCAUUGAUUUUUAUCUGCAUAAAUAAUGUCUUGAAAAGUAUUUUUCUGACUGGUGUGUUCUCGUUUCAUUGUUUUAAGAGGUCCAAUAGUAUUUCUAUUAGCUAUUGCUACUGAAAAAUUUUGUGAUUACUUUUUUAAACAUUCUUUCUUUUUAUGCAGUAAAUUUGUUUCAUUUGGUAGGCCAACUCAAAUUUCAAACCUUUUUUUUUUUGCUUUGUUAGCAUCAAGAACAAAAUUUUCAAGUAGUUGCAAAUACAUAUUUGUGAGUGAGUUCUAAACAGUAUAUGUGAUUGAACAUGGCCUGCCUGAAUGAAUAUUUAGUCUGUGUACAUGUUGAUUGUAUGCUCAUGAUACUAAAUAAAUUAUGAAAUUAUU